AUGAUAAGCGGCAGACGGAACCUGCUGGUGGUGGUUCCCGGGGGUGGUGCCCCGUCGUUGGUACGUUCGGCAAGUCGGGUGGUCGACGCGUUGGGAAGGAGUAGCCAUGGCAGUGGAAGAAGUAUCUAUGGCGGUGGAACAACUACCCAUCACGAUAGAACUAUUCGCUGGAACGUUGGCAGCCCGGAGAGGAGAAGACAGCCGUUUUUCCUAACCAGCAGACACUUCGCCAUUGGAGUAUUCGAAAGGAAGAAGCCCCAUAUGAAUAUAGGGACCAUCGGACAUGUCGACCACGGAAAGACGACCCUAACAGCAGCGAUAACGAAAGUAUGCGCAAAUCAAAACAGAGGGACAUUCAAAUCGUAUGAAGAGAUUGAUAAAACGCCGGAGGAGCAAAAGAGAGGAAUCACCAUCAAUGCAACUCAUGUAGAAUACGAGACGGAGAAAAGACACUACAGUCAUAUUGAUUGUCCAGGGCAUUUAGAUUAUGUGAAGAAUAUGAUAACAGGGACGUCCCAGAUGGAUGGGUCCAUCCUAGUCGUGUCUGCUUAUGAUGGAUUGAUGCCACAGACGAAGGAGCACGUGCUUUUAUCGAGACAGAUAGGAAUUGAAAAAAUGAUUGUCUAUAUGAAUAAGAUAGACAUGUGUGAGGACAAGGAGCUGGUCGAUUUGGUUGAAUUAGAAAUCAGGGAAUUGCUGUCCUUCCAUAAGUACGAUGGGGAUAAUAUCCCCAUCAUCAAAGGGUCCGCUCUGAAAGCAUUAAAUGAGGAUCAGUCGGAAUACGGAGUGCCUUCCAUCUUGAAGCUACUAGACGCCUGUGACAACUACAUCGAUGAGCCCAAAAGAAAAAUGGAUCUACCAUUUCUCAUGAGCAUUGAUGAUGUUUUGCAGAUAUCAGGAAAAGGGACAGUCGCCACAGGGAGAGUAGAGCAAGGAACAUUAAAGCUCAAUGAUCCUGUGGAAAUCAUGGGCAUCAAGGAGAAGCCAAUUAAAACGGUUGUCACAGGUAUUGAGAUGUUUAGGAAAACGCUAGAUGCAGCUCAAGCGGGGGAUCAAAUCGGAGUCAUGUUGAAAAAUGUGAAAAAAAAUGACAUAUCCAGAGGGAUGGUAGUCACCAAAGUGCCAAACCUGAAGACAUACAAAAAGUUCGAAAGUGAUGUGUACGUUUUGAAGAAUGAGGAGGGGGGUAGGAAGAAUCCAUUUUCGUCUUACUACAGACCCCAGGCCUACAUACGGACAGCCGAUGUAAACUGUGCGGUGAUUCUCAAUGAAGACACACAGGUCGCCAAUCCGGGGGACAACAUCAAGUGCACCAUUGAGCUCAUGUAUCCACUCGCUCUGGCCAGCGGGCUGCGCUUUUCCCUGCGCGAGGGCGGCAGGACCGUCGCCUCGGGUAUCAUAACGAAGGUGAUAUAG